AUGGCCUUGCAAUUUGCCGGCAGACACUGCGUCGUCGUCGGCGCCACAGGCGUCAUUGGCUCAUCCAUUGCAAAGGCCUUUGCCCAGCACGGCGCCGUCGUGUCGCUCCUCGGCCGCUCAGCCAUCCAGGUUCGCCAUACGCUGGAACCGCAGCUUCGUCCGUAUAGCCUACCCGAGACUGGCGAUGGCACGGGAAACGCUGCUGGUGCUGCUGCGGAUAGUAGCAUUCCCUCAGCUCACCGGUUUAUUCGUCUUGAUGCGUCCAAUAGGGAAGAAAUUAAAGCCUUGUUUAGCUCACGGGCAUUGCCAUCAAAGCCUCAAGACGACGCCACCAUUGGACCCAUUGAUAUCCUCGUCAACUGUGCCGGCAUCUCCCAGACCACCUUUCUAAAGCGAACUCCUGAUGAGGAACUCUCACGUAUUGUCGACACAAAUCUACUUGCCACGAUGCUUGUAUGCAAGCACGCAAAGAUGAGACCCAACGGCUGCAUCAUAAACGUCUCUAGCCUCAUGGCAACAAAAGGGGGCCUUGGCGCCACAGCUUAUGCUGCAUCCAAGGCUGGCGUAGUUGGUUUUACUCGUGCCCUGUGCCGUGAGAUGGCGUCUCGAUCUAUCCGUGUAAAUGCUCUGCUGCCCGGUUGGGUCAACAGCUCCAUGUGG